GUUGCCGCAAUUUUAGACAAUCUGUGCAAAAAGAAGUCAAGGUGAUCUUAUGCGGACGGCCGAAUACCAUUUGGACUUUCGCAAAUCUUCGCGAAAAGAAGUGCGCGUUAUCAAAACGACAAGGCAAAUCAGCAAAAUAAGCUAUUUUUAGUUCGCCGCAGUGUUUAAAAACAAUAGACGAAGGCGCGAUACAGAUUAAUUUCUAAAAUGUCUGUCAAACAAGGUCACGGCAUUCAUUUUCAGACACAGAUUCUCUCGGACGUGAUAACUCCGCCGGUCUACCUCAAAAUGCCUAAAUUUUUUAUUGCGACUCGAUCGGGAGGAUUCUCUUCAAUAUUUAUGCCAACUACACGAUCCCAUGUAGACUAUCACCGGGCGUUUGUAUGUUGUGUUGCAUACCAACCAGUUCGUUGCAUAAUCGUUAUUAUCAAUUCUAGCAACAAUAGUAUUGUUGUUUUCCUUGAUUGUGUAUGUAUUCCGAACUAACGAGUUUGUCAGUUUGAUUUUUGCACGAGCAGUUUUCAACUGGAGCUGCGACUUUGCGGUGAAGGGAAAACUGUACUUGAACGUUUCUUGAUGUAAUAGUAAUUAUCUUCGUUCUCGAUAACUCACUUGAAAUAUUAGGUUAUGAGACGACGUCUAUGCAACGACUAUUUUUAAGAAUUUUCUCAACGCAACGUAGAAUUAACCUGAUUAUAUGUAAAUUGUCGCCGAUGAGUAACGCAACAUUCUAAAACGAACGUUGAUCAGUGUUAUAUCUGGGAUGGUGAUUACUCACUUUACUCACCACUGAAUAGAACCAAUGUCAGCCCGAUGUGACAGUGUCCAAGUCAGUUGAUGUGCAAACGCCAAAUUUUUGUCAAAGAAAAAGUCUUAUUUGGUUUUGUAUUUACCAGCCAAUUCUGAUGCAUUCAUUCGGUGAAAGUUAACCAUGUCUGCUGUGGAAGCAACGGAUCCGAAAGAAGCCGAUACCGUUGAAGCGCCCGCCGAAGAAGACUUGGAGAGAAUGGGGUCUAACCUAUCCAAACGUGACGAAGAAGGAGUGAACACUACUCCAGUUAAUUUGUUGAGCGAAGAGCAUUCGAAUAUUGUUGAACCUGUUAAAAUUUUUGUUGAAUCGCCUUCAAGUACAAAUAGCAAAGACUUGAACGAACGUAGCAGUGAGCGUGUUGAUUCUAAAGUAGUAUUCACGGAGCCACAAUCAAACGAAGCAAUAGAUAGUAAGGACUGUAGCGAACUGGACGAACGAAUAGACACCGAAUCGCCGAAUUUGCUCACCGCUAACGAGAACGUUAACGAUGGCGAGGAUUCGGCCACGGAGAGCCUGCCCCCGACCGAGGAGUCCGUUGAAGAACCCCACGAUCGAUCCGACGGAUCAGACUCUGGCCUAGGUUCGGAACUGAGCGAAGAGAGGCCCGAAGCUAUGGCAACGGCCGCCAAUUUAGGCGAAAGCGACAGUGAGACCUCGUUCUUGGACCGGAUUAACGGAACGCAGAGCUCCGACGCCAAUUUCGAAGAGUUUAAUGGCCAGAAAGAGCAACAGGACGAUUUCGCGCUGCCAUCGACCAGCCUGGAGACCCCCGCGAAGGAGGACGACUCCAAGCAGAACACGAAUACCAUCGAGGAGAUCCGCAACAUCCUCGACGACGCCCAGUCGAAGAAAGCGGUCCUUAAAAGUAGUCUGAAGCGAAAACUUCCAGAAGAAGAAGACGGGCCGCCCAAAUGCAAGAAAAAACGCGGCAUUUCGUUCGACAGCGUUACAGUAUUCUAUUUUCCUAGGGCGCAGGGAUUCACCUGCAUCCCUUCGCAAGGGGGGUCGACUCUGGGGAUGGGCGCUCAACAUUCGUACGUGAGGAAGUUUUCUAUAGUGGAACACGCAAACGAACAACGUAGAAUACAUCGACAGCUAUUGCAGCAGCUGAGGUCCGAGAGACACUCGACCGGGGGCAGCGGGGCUGGGUCCUCUAGUGACGAGAGUGAUAGCGAGGAGGAACCUAGUGACGCUUCUGAAUCUGAAAUGGACUUGGACAAUUAUUAUUUUUUGCAGCCUGUGUCGAUCAGGCAGAGGAGGGCGCUCCUGAGGGCGUCCGGUGUUAGGAAAAUAGACUCUCUAGAGAAAGAUGAGUGUCGCGAUAUACGGACUUCGCGAGAAUUCUGUGGUUGUGGCUGUAAAGGGUACUGUGAUCCGGACACUUGUUCGUGCAGUCAGGCUGGCAUCAAGUGCCAAGUUGACCGUUUAAACUUCCCGUGUGGCUGUUCCAGAGACAACUGUGGCAAUUCUAGCGGCAGAAUCGAGUUCAAUCCGGUCAGGGUCCGCACACACUUUAUCCACACCCUAAUGCGCCUCGAGCUGGAGAAGAAGCAAGAGAAGGAAGAAGAGAUGAAAGCGGAGAAGAACAAGGAGAACGCAAAUUGGAUGGAAAACGAGAGGCUGAACGCGGGCUACAAGCCUGACGCCCAGGCGGACGGAAAGGGCAAGUACAGCAACGGCAACUUGUUGAGGGACGGCAGGGACGUGGAGAACUGCGUCCACGACGGCAGCUUCACGAACCUGCACUACGGAGCCCCCGGGGAGGGCCCGGGGCAGGUGCCCCCGCACAAUCCCGCCGGCUUCGCGGAUUUGCCGGCCCGGGAGGACUCCCUGGACCUGUACACCUUCAGGGAGGACUGGUACGGCGACGACGCGACGCGGGACGGUCCCGUGGCGGAAAGAAAGCAGCAGCACCCCCACCAGCCCUUCCAGCCGCCUUCCUCGCAGGGGUUCCACUUCCCCGACCCUCGGUUUUCCGACGUCGGUUUCCCGGCCGGUGCCGCCCCCUACCCGCCGCCACCCAAUCAAUACACGCAGCCGUACCAGUCCAACUUCGCCGACUUCACCCCCGUCUUCGGUCCGUACGGAGGGGGAAUUUACGGCCCGGAGUUCGGAACGAAGCCCCUGGAAGGAAAUUUCCAGCAAAAUGCGAACGGUUACGAGCACUUCGCUAACGACAAUUUUUCCUCCAACGUCGACGCCAAGGAGAACCAAUACACGAGCUUGAAUCCUGUCGGGGCCAACAACAAGAUCGAAUCUUUUUCCGACUUACUUAACGGUCGCUACAAUUAUCCGGGGUACGAAGACGCGAAUAAUUUCAACAGUUUGAAUCCGUCGGAUGUUCCCGCCAACGGUAAUCCCGAGAGGGGCCAAAAGUGCGAAGCGAACGCCAAUGCCAAUACCAAUACGGAGGACUGUGACGACAAUUUCGGAGAGAUUAUUAAAAAGUCGAUGGUAGAAACGACAUCUGCUUAACUUAAUCAAUAACAUAAAUAAUUCAGAUUAUUACGUUCCAAUUUAUUAAUUUGUUAUUAUUAUAUUAUUAUAAAAUGUAAAUGAGAUUUAUAUAUAAAGUGUAGAAAGAAUAUUAGAGAAAAAAAGUGUUUUAAUAAAUGUUGUGAAGAAAA